UAAAUGAUCAGCCGCCUGCGAAAGCAGCAGAUAAGAUGGCGAUGAUGGAAGACCAGAGAAGUAAAGUAAUCCCUUGGUCGAUGAGCGAGGUACAGACCUUUCUGAAUGUGAUGGCUGAGGGCCGCAUACAGAAGGAACUGGCCGGAGCAACGCGAAAUGAGAAGGUGUUCCGGGAGAUAGCCCAGCUGAUGGCCGGCCAUGGCUACCACCGGACUUUCCAGCAGUGCCGUGACAAGCUGAAGAAGAUGAAGUUUGAUUACAGGCAGGCAAAGGACCACAACAACCGGAGUGGGCCAAAUCGAAAGACGUGGAAGUGGUUCGGCGAAAUGGACGCCCUUUACCGCCGAUUGAACCAGGGCAAGGAGAAUGGCGGGGAUAACGCGACGUCUUUGUUGCAGGCGAUAGCAAAUGACUCGGUUUGUGCAACCGAUGAGUGUUCGGUUGCUGUGCUCAGCGAAGACCCUUCAACCCUGCAGGCUUCAGGACCGACAUCUGCAGCUGAGGCAACACCUGCUAGAGGCACUCCACGUUCCUGUAAGAAUAAAGAAAUGGCACAAGAGAGACUUGUGAAGAUGGAAGACCAGACAAGGAAAUUCAACUCUUGGUCGGUGAGCGAGGUGCAGACCUUUCUGAGUAUGGUGGCUGAGGGCCGCAUACAGAAGGAACUGGUUGGAGCAACGCGAAAUGAGAAGGUGUUCCGGGAGAUAGCCCAGCUGAUGGCCAGCCAUGGCUACAUCCGGACUUCUCAGCAGUGCCGUGAAAAGCUGAAGAAGCUGAAGUCUGAUUACCGGCAGGUAAAGGAUCACAACAACCGGAGUGGGUCAAACCGAAAGAUGUGGAGGUGGUUCGACCUAAUGGACGCCGUUUACGGUCGCCGCCCGGCGAAUCAAGCUGCGGCAGAGAAACACAGCAGCCAGAAAACCUCACCACACUCACACAAGCCAUUCAGAGGGACCUGUGCCGCCACAUCACAAUCACCCACAUCAAGUUCUCCUCCAGGGUGUUACCCAAGUCGCUCCACACCACAGCAAAGGUUGCUUAAUGUUCCCCUGUCCUCCCUGCGUCUCUGUGUGCCACCAUUGCGGCUGCUCUCAGCGAUUUUGUGGCGGGUGGCAGAGCAGCGCCAAGUCAAGUACUAUACCAGGCUGGAGGAGUUUGUCUGUGUUAUUUUGGAGGUGCUGCCAGACCUACUUAGUGCUAAGAAAAGGGCUGAACUACUUCUUGGCCUCAGAGCAAAGUUCAUUCUAGAAUUAUGCCGUGAUACACCAUCAGUGAAUCUACAGACAAUGCAGCCACACCUGGACAGGCUCUACAGCAUCGCUAAAUCUGCUUCAGAUAUGAAUAAGGAUCCAAUGGUGAAUGCUGCAGUGAGCGACUUUGUCAAUCUCAUCCAAACCAUCUUAAGGAGUCCUCAGGAGAAGAAGCAUUUCUUCCUGGAAAUCUACCCACUGCAUUAUGGUCCCAAAUAUGAUGCAGCCCUGCAGUCAAUGGUGUGGGAAUUUCUUCACAGCCUGGAAAAGCUAUUACCAGUACCUAGCUUCCAUCAGGUAGCUUCUUUGCUUGAUGACCCCUUACACUUGGAAGAUUCCCUAAAUAUUGAACCAAAAAAACUUCGGAAUUUGUUGCAAUACGUCAAAAAUGGGCUGUUGGAUCCAGGAUCUUCAUCUUCAGCCAUGAAGCCAAAUACUAUUCUCUCCACACUAUCGGUGUCCAUUGCCUGGCCCCGUGAACAAGCUGACACUGAGAAAAGCAUUUCGUUGUCCAGGGACACCCAGCCUUCAGUCAAGGAAAGAGAUGGACAAAGAACUGUGGAUGAAAACGUGGACAGGUGGCCGACGAAUGAUGAGGAUCUAGGUGGGGAUCUGGAUGAAGAAGACGACAUUCUGGGAUGCUUGAAUGAACAUCCACAGAGAGACUUGAAUGAAAGACAUUUGAACCAACAGAAGGUGGAGAUGACUGGAACUAAUGACAUCAGACGGCAUGUACUCCAGGCUUAUGAUUCACUUGAACCCGCAGGUUAUACAAGUAAUCAGGAGAGCACUGACAACAGUAGGAGCGAGAAGGCGGCCCCAACAUCCACAGGAAGUGAUACUGGAGGAUCCUCACCAAACAGCAGCUCGCUGGAGACCGUCUCUCAGAGGACUGACACGGCUGCCAGCGGUCCACCGUCCCAACCCACAGAGAGUUCCCACGUCUCAGUCACUGGAAGGGAUCACUUGUGCAAAUUGUGCGGAUUAGGGUUUGCAACCCUGCAAGGUCUGAAACGGCAUCAGGCCGUUCACCCAGAGGUGCUUGCAGAGCGGGCCACGGCCACGCCCGGGCACCUGUGCUCCUACUGUGGCAGGACGUUCAAGUCUCGGUUCACGUUGCAGUGCCACAUACGCGUGCACACGGGGGAGCGUCCCUACAGCUGUUCGGUGUGUGGGAAGAGCUUUACCCAGCAGUCAAUUAUGUCCGCGCAUAGGCGAGUGCACACGGGGGAAAAACCCCACUUGUGUUCUGUGUGUGGAAAAGCCUAUAUUACCUCAGGGGCUUUAUUGAUUCAUAUGCGGCUUCAUACCGGAGAACGGCCACAUAAGUGUGAGAUUUGUGGCAAAGCCUAUAGGAUGGCGUGCCAUCUGACUGUACACAGGAGAUUCCACACGAAGGACCGACCGUAUGCCUGUACUGUGUGUGACAAACGAUUUAGCACCAGUAACCUGGUAAAGAUACACAUGCGCACGCAUACUGGGGAGAAACCCUAUGCGUGUAAGUUGUGUGAAAAGAGAUUUUCAACUGCAACCACUAUGAAAAUACAUCAGCGUGUGCAUAGGUGAGCUGGGAAGCUCUCAGACAUUAGAGUUGUGCUUUUGUUUGCAUUUUUACAGUGGUGCCACAAAUCUCAAUCACAUUUGUGACGAAUAUAAAAGCUUCCUGAAUCCUGUGUGUCGAGCUAGCAUUAUGUUUACAAGCAAGUGUCUUUCUGCUGUUUUUAUGAACACUUAAGUGCCUUUGUCUUAUCAACAAGUUCCCCUUGUUCUAUUAAAAUUCUGUUCAAGUUGGUGA